AUGGUCAGGCAGCCUUUUGGCUUAAGCAACUACACUUUUGCAGCAUUAUCUGUUGAUAACUGCUUCUAUGAGUUCUUGUCAGCUUGUCCUGACAUCAAUGAUAACAUUUGCCCAUCUUAUUCCUUGACAGCUUCUUUUCUGAUAGCCUUCGGUUGUUCCAGGGAAAGGAGAGCAAAUUCUCCUUGGAAGGCUGAAGAACAACUUCAAACAGAAGAAGAUGGAGAUGAUACUAACAAGCAUGGCAUACAGUGGGAAGAAAACAAGAAACCCUACAUAACCAGGGUCAGCAUGAUGUUUUACCCUGGUGCUGGAAUCCGAAGUGAUGAAAACGUCUCUGCUACUUAUUCGCAGUCCAAAAUCUUUAAACAGAGUGGAUCCAAUUUUCAGCUUCAGGAUUGCAAAUUGUGGGACAACUAUCGUUCACUGCUCCUUUUGCUGCAUCAGAAGGAUCUCGAAAUCCAAGGAUUGAAAAGUGCUGCCCAAAAGUAUCCAGAUGACCGACUGAGUUACAUUUUACAGGAAAUUGUGAAGUCAAAACACAGAGGACUGGGGAAGAAGAGCCCUCAUGAAGAAGCCCUUCAAAAAGAAGUAGAUCAAUUGAACACUGACCUGAGAGCUGUUAAGGAAGAUUAUGUACAGGAGAUAGAAGAGCUGAAAAAAGACCUCACAAACUUGAAUUUGCACAUCAAGAAUUUGCAGCAGAAAAUAAAGACCCUGGGAGUAAAUUUAGAUGAUGAAAAUGAGUCUGAGUUUGGCCUAUUUCUGGCUGAAGAGGAGAAAUCACCAAGUGAGAGUUUUGAGCUGUGGUCAGAGUCAGAAAAGAAGAUCUUACCAGAUACAAGUCACUUAAUGCUUAGGAGAAUUCCAAAACACACCAGCUUUGUGGAGGCUUUUCAUGAGAUUCAAAAGGAUUCAUUUAGCAGUGAAGAUAGAGAAGAAUUUAUUUCUGAAGACUCACCACCCAUUAUUGAUGCUUUAGGAGGGGAGUCACCGGAAAGCUCAGGAAUAGAGAGCAAACUACCUUCUGAACCAUCCUCGCAAGCUAUGCUCGCUUCUUUGAAGUCAGAGUUUGUCUUAUCUGAGAACAAGGAGGAAGAAUCUUCUUUCAGCCUACCUUCCUUGGAGGACAAAGGCCCAGAAAAGAAAGAUUUGGUUUCCCUCCUGUAUCCUCCUGAUCUCCCUCAGCUUGGUCUUUCUCUUGGACGGCUGUCAGAGGAGAAACUAUGUCCCCACUUGGUGCGCUCUCCCUUUCUACACGAAUGCAAGAGAUGCCAGACUGAAACCAGCUCUCUAAGGAUCAUCGGUGUGCACCAUAAAGGCAAAUUUAUCAGAAUCUUCAACUGUUUAAUGGCUAAAGAGGUCGACCUAAGUGGCUACAUCAUCCAGCAGUGGGUUGGAGGACAUCCAGUCUCUAUCUACCAUUUCCCAAAGAAUGUUGUUCUGCCUGCCCAGCAUCACAUCACUGUUUGGGCUGCGGGGGCCAAUUUGGCUCAUGAUCCACCUUCAUUUUCCACUGCAAAGUUUUUCAAAACAGGGCCUGGGUGCUGUACCACUCUUUCUGAUCGCAAUGGCCAGAUGGUGUCACAAUACGUAAGCCCUCACCAAUUUACAGCAGCAGCAGCAGCUUACAAUGAUAACGUGGAACUUUCCAUUGACAAGUUUCCCCUUUGGGACGGCAGAGAAGAACCUAACCAAGUCUUGUACUCCAAGUUUUCAUUCUGCCCUUCAAGGAGCUCAAAGCUACUUUCCAUAGAUUCUUCAGCAAGUUUCAAAAUGUGGUGUGACCGGUCCACCAGAAACAACAGGAAAACAAAUGGGGAAUCUCUUCAGAGCUCUUCAGACAGUGAAGAAGAUUUUUCACAUGGUUUUCAAUCAUGGAAACCAGCACCUCAGGAACCAGUAAUGAGGUUCUACAAGGAGAGUGCUGCACUUUGUGAAGUCCAACAGCAGUACUCAAAGACCUAUGUAGCCAUUAUAUUCUGGACUACCACUCCCUUUUUCACUUUUCAGACAUUCAAGACAACCCUCGACACAAUAAUUCCCGUGGUGUCUCUGAUAGAUAGUGUUCGCUUGAAAUAUGGUUUCAACUAUAGGAUGUAUCUUCCAGCUACAAGUGAUCUGCAUCUGAGAAGAUUCUGCAAUGCUAAAAAACAAGCUAAUGAAUAGGAGUGAAGAUGAAUGUGUGUGGAUUCUUUAAAUAUAAAGCAGGCAUCAUAAUUUGUCUGACGAAGUACACUUACUUUUGUGAGUUGCACUUCCAGUUCUGAGGCAAGUACGCCAUUAAUAUGUGUUUAGCUACUAUGGAAGGAAGAAUCGUCUUCUAAAUUAUGAGAAAUGUUUUAGCAUGAGAACAGAAAAAGUAUCCCGAUUCAUUAUGAACAGGUUCUCUUGCUGUUGAUUGGUGAAGUGUUGAGCUGAAGAAAGGUAUUUCCCUGCUAAAUUGAGAAGUUGGCAAAUAAUUUGGAUUCUAAUAAGGGUCAGAUUCUCCAACUGUGAUUGAUUGCUUCUCCUCACAGCAGCUUCCUAGAAAUAAUUUUUCCCUAUAUAUCACUUAUCUAACAACCAAAUUUAGCAAAGAAAAAAAGAAAAAAGAAAGAAAAAGAAAACGGGAACGUCCUUAUGGAAGGUCAGGUAAAGUCUGGAAGGCUUUGGCACCUUUCCCCUUGGUGCUUUUUUACAAUUAAUAUAAGUCAACUUUUUUUGCAUUGGUAGACAGGAAUUGGCAGUUCUUACAGUAUGUUUAAACAUAAAAAAAUGAAUGCAAUUUAAUGAAAGCCACUUUUCUUUUCCAAUCAAGCUCUAACUUAGCAAUCAUAACUUAAAUUCUGCAUUUCCCUACGCAUAAUGAUAUGAGCAAGUGAAUGGGCUACUACUUGACAGAUUUAGUCACUAUCUUCAUAUAAGACUGGAAAUUCUGUGGGUUGGAUUUAGUUACUUAGGGAAAACACAGCAAUUCAAGGGUUUUUGAGGUUGGUUGGAAUCUCCUUGAUUUCAGUAUAUAAAUCCGAAUCCAACUUACAAAAUAUUUUUGCUAUACUAAGUUCUUUAUAGAGAUACUGUAUAUGAACAUAUGAAAAGCUAGAUUGCUUCCUUGCUCAUAUUUUGAGUAUGUAAAAAAGGCAGACUUUCAAUACUACAAAAACUGGAUUGAAGAAGAAAAUUAAGUUAUAGGAUAUACCUAUUCUAAUGUUCCCACAUAUCAUUUUAUGAUCUUGGGUACAGGUUUCCUAUAAACCUAUAUUCCAGAUAUGGAAUUCAGCAGGAUCCCACUAUGGCAUGAAUAGAAGCACAGAUUUGGAAGAUCUAAGGCUUUUCAUGAUUUACAAAUAUUUAAAAGCUUCAACAUAAAAACAUACUGAAGAUUUUAUGUAAACAUCACUGAUAUCAUUAUGCAUUUUUAAAAAAUCUGAACAAAAACAGAUAGCUUAUAGCUUGGAUUGUUGCAUAAUUUAUAACUUUGUAAACGUCACUCCAAAAUUAUCUAAUAUUAAUUUUGAAAACUACAAUACAAUACUUGGUUUCAAAAUAGUCACAAUAAUAAUUACCUAUACAUACUUGAGUUUCAAUUCACACAAACUUUUGUUUCUUUUGUUAGCAGAUAGAGUUUGUAGGACUUGUGUGGAGAAAGAUACAGUAUGAACUAUGGCAAGUAACAAAUCCCAGGACUGUGGCAGAAUUUGCUCCAAAUGCCACAAUCAAAAAACAGAGCCACCUACUAGCCAUAUGUGAGAAUCCCUGAUUUUC